GAGUUUAGUUGCUUUCAGUCUUGCGAUGCAAGCGAAUCGGAAUUAGAAUCUAUAUUUUCUUCGUUCUUCAGUGAAGUUUUUCCACCCCUGCCGGAUAGAGGGACUUCACGAUGAGACGGCGGGCUUUAGAGCUGAUCACGGGACUUCUCGUGGUUCAGCUGUUGUUGCCUUUGCCGGAUCAAGUGAAUGCCAUGAAACACAGACUAAGGAAACAACGAUCCAAACCGCAAGAGCAUCAGGCUCAGCAGUCUAGCAACGAUUAUGAAUAUGAUUAUAACUACGAGAACUACGACGAAUACGAUGAAAAGAACGAAACUACAACAAUAUUACCAUCACGUGCAAUACCAUCAGAUAUCACGCAACUUCCGGAGAGAUCCGAAAUAACAACAGAAGCAUUUUUGAGGCGAGAAAAAACACCUACAGAUUUACCAGCUCCUACGACAACUCACUUUUAUGAUCAUGGUAGAUCAGAUGAGAUUAGUUCCACAUCUGCUCGAGAUCAUUCAGUUUUACCUACGGAGAUUUUACCAGGUGAAAGUAACAUAUAUAGUUCUGUGGCUGUACCAGGACCACGAGGUUCACCUGGUCGACCUGGAGAUGAUGGUCGUCCUGGCGAUUCAGGAUAUCCUGGACAACCUGGUACACCUGGGAUCCCAGGGCCACCUGGACCUCCAGGACCUGUACCUGAUGUAUCUCUUUAUUAUCAACAAUUGGCUUUGUCUCAAGCAAAUGAAGAUAAAGGUCCGUCCGGUGCAGCGGCGUCAUUGCCUUACAUUCAGGCACAAGUAGGCCCGAUGGGUCCGCGAGGUCCUCCAGGUCCACCUGGUUCUCCUGGUCCUCAAGGUUUUCAAGGUACACGAGGUGAAACCGGUGAAUUGGGUUCUCCAGGUCCUCCUGGCAUGCCAGGUCCUAGGGGUUUACCAGGAUUGCCUGGAAAAGACGGUAUCAGUGGAGAAGAUGGCGAAACUGGUCCAUCAGGAUCGCCUGGUCUUGUGGGACAACGUGGCCUUCCAGGAAUACCUGGGCUUCCAGGGCUAAAAGGUCACCGUGGUUUUCCAGGUUUAGAUGGUGCCAAAGGUGAGCAAGGAACUUCUGGUGAAAAAGGAUCUAUGGGCUCGCCUGGACCGAUGGGACCAGUAGGACCAAUGGGUCCAGCUGGACCUCGCGGUGAAAGAGGUAGAGAAGGUUCGUCGGGCCCUCCUGGAUUGAGAGGUCUUGACGGAAUUGCUGGGCUGCCUGGGCAACCCGGUGUUAUAGGCAAACCUGGCUCACCAGGUUUUCCAGGCAAUCCUGGAAUUAAAGGUGAUCAAGGACCGCAAGGACCGACAGGAAACCAGGGUUUGCAAGGCCCACGAGGCGAAAGUGGCCGUCCAGGACAACCUGGCGAAACUGGUCCACAAGGUCCUCAAGGCAAAGAUGGAAUUCCGGGUGAGAAAGGAGCCACUGGAGCAAUAGGAUCCGUUGGUGUGGUCGGGUUUCCGGGUGCUCAAGGUCAACCUGGAACACCGGGUAAUCCUGGUAUCCCUGGCGCCAAAGGAGCACCUGGCCUUCCUGGUGAUAGAGGGUUAAAAGGAGAUACUGGAGUGAAAGGUGAUGCUCCGGGACCUCCUGGGAAUGAGGGCAAAAGAGGCAAAAGGGGUAUGCGUGGGCCAAUCGGUUCUGUAGGACCUCCUGGAGAACGUGGCGUACCUGGAGAACGUGGUUUUCCUGGAUCGGAUGGUCCUAUCGGGCCUCAAGGGCAACCUGGUGAUCGUGGUCCUGCAGGAACUGUUGGAUCAAAAGGCGCUACUGGAGAUCCUGGACGACCCGGACCGGCAGGAUUACAGGGUGCACGUGGUUUAAUGGGUAGGCCCGGAGCCUCCGGAAAACCAGGUAAUCCUGGGGAACGUGGAAUUCAAGGUGCGGAUGGCAAGCCUGGAGAACAGGGAUUGCCUGGAUUGCAGGGUCUACCAGGACCAAUAGGAACACCAGGGGAAAGAGGAUAUUCUGGAGAACGUGGAAAAGAUGGUGAGCCUGGCAAUCCAGGCCCGCCUGGUCCAAGAGGAGAUACUGGUAAAGAAGGACUUCCAGGAGUACAGGGUCUACCAGGUCCAUCAGGAAGCGACGGCGCGCGAGGUCUUCCGGGACCCAUUGGUUCUAGAGGUUUUCAAGGUCUUCCAGGUGCCGCCGGUAAUCCGGGUGUUCCAGGCAAGGACGGAGAAGCAGGAGUACAAGGACAUCCCGGUCCGCCAGGAAUGGUCGGCGAUAGAGGCGAUCGAGGAUUUCCGGGAGAAAGAGGACUUAUUGGACCUCCAGGACCUAUGGGACCUAGAGGAGAAACUGGAACACAAGGCUCUGAUGGUCUCAUUGGUUUACCAGGACUCAAAGGAGACAAAGGAAGUUUCGGUUCACCGGGAUUAUUAGGACUUCCUGGCGCGAGAGGACUACCCGGAGAACCUGGACAAAAAGGAGAAAGGGGCAUAAUAGGACCAAUCGGCCCCGAAGGUCCCUCAGGACAUAUUGGAGAGCGUGGACCACAAGGAGAAGUUGGACCUCCUGGCUCUCCUGGAGAACCAGCUGAACGAGGUGAUCCAGGUCCUCCUGGUCUCAUUGGCGAGCCCGGAGCUCCUGGUAAUCCAGGAGAAAGAGGACCUCAUGGAUUACAGGGCUCGCAAGGUUUUCCAGGCCCACAAGGGUUAAUCGGACUUCCGGGUCUGAAAGGUGAUCGUGGAUAUCCGGGUUUAAAGGGAGAACAAGGAAAUCCGGGACUACCUGGCAGUCACGGCGAGAUCGGAGUACCUGGACCUAUUGGAAUUACUGGUGCUAAGGGAAUCAGAGGUGAUCCUGGUGUACGAGGUGAACCCGGUUUAAUGGGCCCACCUGGUAUUAUAGGACAUGUUGGACCAUCAGGACCACCAGGAAAUAUAGGACCAUCUGGUGCUCCUGGAUUGCCUGGUGUCAAAGGUGAUGCAGGCGAUACUGGACGUCCUGGAAAUCCAGGACCAAUCGGUAAUCCUGGUCUACCUGGAAUCGAUGGAAUUAAAGGCGAAAGUGGAUCUCCAGGCUCUCAAGGACUAACAGGUUUUCAAGGACCUCAAGGUCCGCUUGGCGAAAGAGGUUUACCGGGCCUACCUGGUUCCCCUGGUCCUAUAGGGAAUAGAGGGUUACGCGGAGCUCCCGGUGAAAUAGGACAACCUGGAAAAACAGGAGCGGAAGGUCCGCCCGGACCUCCUGGAUUAAGUGUAGGAGGCCGACCAGGUGAUAAGGGACCACCUGGAGUACCUGGUGCUGCAGGACCAUCGGGUCCUCCUGGAUUAUCUGGACCACCUGGGCCCACCGGACCCACCGGACUUACUGGGGAACGUGGUCCGAAAGGUGAAACAGGACCGCAAGGUGUGGAAGGUCCACAGGGACCACGAGGAAAACCCGGCCCAGCAGGUCUUGAAGGUAUAAAAGGGGAUCGCGGAGAAGAGGGACAAAAAGGAGCUAAAGGACAUCGGGGAUUUACUGGUUUACAAGGAUUAUCCGGGUCUCCUGGUUUAGUAGGAGAAAAAGGUAUACCUGGUCUACCAGGAUUUCCUGGUAAAGACGGAGAACCAGGUAUUAGAGGUAAUCCUGGACGAGAAGGCAAUCCUGGUCCUAUCGGACCUGUGGGAAAUCCUGGAUCAAGAGGUCCAUCUGGGGAAGAAGGUCGCCAAGGAUCACCGGGUCUUCCAGGACCUCCUGGACCACCUGGUCCUCCUGGAGAAGUGGGUUUCGGUUACGAUGCGGCGUCUUUAGUAGCAUUUAUAGGACAAGGCCAAACCAAAGGACCAGAUCCACUUGGAGAUGAACCACCAAGAAUAUUUAGUAAAGAUAUCCCUGAAAAGGAACGAAGAGAAUUACUUUUAAAAGCGUAUGAAAAUUUAAAAUCGUCAUUCCAAAAAUUGAUGAAACCGGAUGGUGAAAAGAAUUCGCCUGCUAAAACUUGUCGAGAUCUAUUUGUUGCUUAUCCGGACAAAUUAUCUGGCGAGUAUUGGAUUGAUCCAAAUGAAGGAGAUAUUCGAGACGCGAUCUUAGUGUAUUGCGAUGCUGAGAAACGUGCAACUUGCAUUUUACCAAAUCCAUCGCGUUCACCAGAGAUCACUCACAUCACUGAUCAACAGGAAACCUGGUUGAGCGAGAUAGAUAACGGCAUGAAGAUUACAUACAAGGCAGAUAGUAAUCAAAUCAGUUUCUUGCAAUUGCUCUCAAAACAUGCGAAUCAAAACAUCACGUAUCAUUGUAAAAAUAGCGUGGCUUACUUUGAUUAUGAAAAGAAAACAUACAAAAGAGGCUUAAAGCUUUUAGCUUGGAACGAUGUUGAAUUGACACCACGAGGUAAUCAGCGUCUUAGAUAUGAAAUGAUAAUGGAUGAAUGCAGGGUCUAUCGAAACAACUGGGGUAAAACUGUUGUCUCGUACGAAACGGAUAAACCUACAAGACUUCCUAUAUUAGACGUGGCUCUGCGAGAUAUCGGAAAACCCGAACAGAGUUUUUCCAUUGAGAUCGGUCCAACUUGUUAUGAUUAAAACAAAGACGAACGCUAAAUUAAAAAAAGAUAUGAAGGAAUUUGAGAGAUAUAUCACUCGGAUAUUUUAAUACCAAUUAGAAAAAUUCUCGGAGUACUUAAAUAUUUUUCAAUCGAAUAUUAAAUACCUGAGUAUUUAUAUGUAAAAAUAUCCACGCAAUAACCAUGGAUUUACUGAAUGCGCAUUAUACCAAAAUAUUGUGUACAAUGACAGAUAAAUUUUAUGUAUAAAUACAUCGUUUAUUAUUCCGUUCAACUAUUUAGGAAAAAUAAAAUUAUGCAUUAUCAAA